AUAUUGUUGAUUCAACUUCUGACGAUCAUACGUAUAAAUAAAGAUGUUGCACAACAUAUAAUUAACCUUAUUUCAAAAGCUGAUAAGUUUUCCUGGAUAUAUCAUAAGCUCAACAUAACAAAAAAAUCAAGUGCGUUUGUUUAUUAUUGCAAUUGUCGUGAAGAAUUAAAGAAUAAAAAACCGCGAAUUGCUGAAAUUUCAAAUCAACGAGAUACAUUGCCAAGAAUUAUUCGAUAUUCAUGUGGUGGCACAAUUCAGAUUAAUAAGCAUCUAUCAUUAUCUUCAUCCACCACCGGAAGCGAUGGAAGUUUCUUCUCAAAACAACAACUUGAUGGAUUUUUAUACCUUACUCGGCAUCAAGUUUACUAUUGGUUCAAAAAAUUUGCAACAAAAGAAUAUAGACUAGCUAAUGAUCAAUUAGAAUCAGCUCGACGAUAUUUGGAAAAUAAAUCAAGCUUUAAGCUUCUUUAUCAGGAUCAACACUCAUUAGCUUUUAUAACUCCCUUACUAUUCAUAUUGCCAA